AUGAGUCUAGCAAAGAUCCCCUUCAUCAUCGCUUCGGCCAUUUCCGUCCAUAUUUCGUUUUUUUCCGCUGCUCCGCCGCCAAAAGAUGAAGAAAAGAUGGCACCCAACGCAUUUGAAUCUUUCGUCCUAUUGUUCCAGAAACUUUGGGGUAACGAUAUAAAGAAGUUCGCCACAUGGACAGCGACGACCGUUGAAGUGGCAAGCAUCCUUGCCUUGAACAUAGAUCCCUCGCAGAUUCCAGACAUUGGAGCUGUGCAGUUUUUGCGCGCGCUUCACCCCACGGAUGUCACUCCCGCUUUCCUUGCCGGCAGCCUUGCCUGCAUAAUCGGCGGCGUGUUCAGGCGUUAUUGCGUCUUGACAUUGGGGAAGAGCUGGAGCUGGCCGCUCAGCAUCAGAAAAGAGCACAGGCUCGUGACGGAAGGGCCGUACUCGGUUGUCCGUCACCCGAGCUACACUGGUUACCUUCUCCAAUAUAUUGGAGUUGUCUUCAUGUAUGCAGAAUCGGGAUCGUGGUUGAGGCAGUCUGGGUUUUUACAAGUGCCCUACGUGAAAUUGAUAGCAGCGGCGGGCUUCUACGCGUUUACAGUCGGUGCUUGUCUCGCUGCCACCCGACCUCCGAUCGAGGACAAGAUGCUCCAUCGCGCUCUUGGAAAAGAAUGGGAAGAGUGGUCGAAGAGGGUGCAGUACCGAUUGGUUCCUGGAAUCUAUUAA